UUAUUAUCUGUUAUUAUGAGUAAACCACCUAUUCCACAAACUGCUAGGAACAGGAGCCCAAGUCCUGCUAUUGGACAUAACUACGGGACUACAUAUUUAGAUUCUCAAGAGGGGACUGCAAAAUACAGGAGAAAUAGACCAGCUCCAAUUAUAAUUAGAAAAUCAUCUAGUCAGAGCAACAUAUCACAACAGUCUCCAACAAGAUGUGAAAGUCCAAGAAUAGGCUAUGGGUCUCCUAGACGAAGCUCUAGUCAAUCAGGAAUUCACCAGAGACAUAGUAAAAGGAGUCCAAGUCCAGUUAUGUCACCACGUAGUCCCACGACCAGGAGUCCAAGUCCAGCUAUGUUGCCACAAAGUCCAAGGGCCAGGAGUCCAAGUCCUGCAUUGCUGAGUCCAAGAAGUUCUAGUCCCAGUGUUACACAACAGGUCCAGCGUAGUAGGAGUUCCACUCCAUCGCUUCUUGAAAAGUUGUUACGGAAAACAAAGGAGACUUGGGGAGAUGGGGGAACGUCAAAGCUAGAGUCCAGUGUUAAAGUACUGCGAUCCUCAUCGUUCCUACAGAAAGCCAGAGAGGCCCAGGAAAGAGAGAGAAGUAGACUGGGGAUACAAGAUGAUAGUAUUGUCCAGAAACAGUCCUCUUCAAGUAUGAAACAAAGACCAAGAAGGAUAGAAAGCUUCCAUGGUUCAAGACCUAGGCGUUAUGAUAAACCUCCUUCAGUAAGUUCAUCAACAGAAGGUAGUAUACAGUCGUAUCAAACCCCAGCAAGUAGAGAAUUGAGAGAGGGCGCCACUGUACAGUCAUAUCAAGCCCCAGCAAGUAGAGAAUUGAGAGAGGGCGCCACUGUACAGUCAUAUCAAACCCAAGAAAGUCGAGAAUUGAGAGAGGGAUCCGCUGUACAGAAUGAAAACAGGGAUAAUCAGCUACCAAUGGAACAAGCAACAACCCCCACAACAAAGCAGGUGAAAGAAUGGCCAACGAUGGCGGAUUUGUCACAAAAACAAAUAUUACCUAACAAAUAUGAUGGUAACCAAGGUUACUUCAACCCUCAUCUGUCUCCAUCUAAAUCUUCUCCGAGUCUCGACAAGGAGGAACCACAUCAUCCGAAAACUGGAAAUUACACGUCACCUUUAAUGAAUAAAUCUAGUCCGAAUAUCCAUGACGACGUUAAAAAAUCAACACCAUCAUCAUCAUCGACAUCCUCAUCGUAUUUAGCAAAUCAAAAAUGGUUUUCACCGAAUGCCUACCAAAAACAGUCACCUAGACAAUAUCAUAGUAGUAGUAACUUUUAUCAAUCGUCACCGCAAUUCACAAAACAUAAUCCAAAUGACUAUCAAAACUUACAAGAUAUACAGCAAAGCAUUAACCAACCUAAUGUGAUGUCAUAUACUCUUCCUCCACCUGUAGAAAAGGAGGAGAGUGACCCAGAACUUCAAGGACUGACGAAAGGGGAUAAUCGUCCCUUGUGUUCCCCGCCUGCUCCACCAACCAGAGAUAUAUCAAGUUUAAAAUAUGUGCCAUUAAGUAACCAAAGUCAUGCUAAAUAUCCAUCAUGGCCAGUAACACAACCGAGUGCUGAUAUAGAAAGUGGCGAGCCUAUAAAUGCUCCACAUAGUUUGCUAAAUGAACACAAUCCAAAUCAAAAUAAUGUUAGAGCGUUAAAGGACAGGAAUAGUCCAAAUUCUGAACGAAAAGCAAGUGACAGAAAUGCAAGUGACCCUGGGUUCAAAAAACCUAUUCCUUUUGCUGUCUUUCUCAAGAGACCAGAUGAAAGACACCAGCAAUAUGGAAGUCAUGUUAAAAGUGAUAGAAAAGACACUGAUUCUAAAAUGAACGACUUUUUUGAGAGUCUACCAGGAUAUCAGCAACCAAUCUUUGACCAGGACGGUCAUCGAUUUGGGGAUGAAAAAUACAAUGUGUCCCCCCCAGAACGUGAGAGUGACGGGAGAUAUCCAUCACAAAGGGUUUCAAAUAAAACUACUGAUAACAGAUACACCCCUCAAUACAGGGGCUACCAGGAUUCUUCAAGGAUAGCAAGAGACUCUGGAUCAAAUCCAUUACUUAGUCCAGAUAAGGACUCUAAACAACCGUCAUUCAGUGACUCGAGAUAUUCGGAUAAAUCUUUGUUACAAGUAACACCAGACAACAAAUUUACGGACAGUAGUACAAGUCCUAUGCAAAGUCCUAAGGAUUCCAAACUUCCGCAUGGAUCUAAGGAUAAUUAUCCGGACAAUGUUCAAACUAGCAUAUAUGAUCCCCAAAAUAAUAGUUAUCUUGUGAAGAAAACUAUGGUGUGUUAUACAACAGGAACGCAGACGGAAUUCAAUUCACCAAAAAAGAAGUCGCCUUUAUCACCAGGAUAUAAUAUGCAUUUUCCAUUUGAUAAAUCAAACCAAGCAAUUCAGACUUCUCCUGAAAACACGAACAAGGAUGACGAUUUUGUUCACAUGCGAAAACGUUCUCGAGAUAAACAUGAGGAAAGUUACGAAUCUCGACCUAGACCAAAGAGCACUAGUGAAAAGGAUAAAAUUUUACUAAAUAGUAUAAAUUCAGAACUUGAUUCAACAGAUCAGCAUUCUGCACCAUUCAUGAGAAAACUAGCUCGUGAUUUAUUGGCUAAUCAGACACAGGAACAUAAAAGACGAUCGACAAGUUCUAGUGGUGGUAGUGGAUUACGUAGUCCAAGCUCAGACUAUUCUCAUUAUUUUGGUGAACUUAGAGAAUCAGGAUCUUAUAGUAGUGUUAUAAUUCAUGAUGAUUUGUCUGAAGCUGAAAGUGCCACAUCUUCUAAACCUGAUGGGACAUAUGAUAUUGAAAAACAUCAUUUACAUCAGUUUGAAAAGUUGAAAAGUCCGAGACGUAGUCUUGAUCCGUCAAUGUUUUCACAGAAAUUUAGUAGUACCCGUGGAUUACAAAACUCUCGGUACGGAUCGGAAGCACAAUUGGUGAAUCAGAGUCACAAAGAUCAUACGUCAAGUAUGAUUAAUCUACCCAGAUCAGCUAGAGAAGAUUCACGACCUAAAUUUUCUAGGCCAAGUACCGAUUCAUCCACGCCAUCACAUAAGACAGGAAGUUCUACUGAUACCUUUUCAUCAACUAGUACCCAUUAUAGUUAUGACGCUUCUCCUGGGCCGUAUGUUCCUGGAAUACCAGGACCAGCACAUCAUUCAACUAGAAGGGAAUCGAAUGAUUCAGUCUUUUUUGAAGAAAAGUCUCCAUUUGAGAAAAAGGGAGAUAAUUUCAAAGAUUUCAAAUCUCAAAAUGACAAUGACAAAAAAUCAAAAAGUACUGCUUGGGUAGGUAGAACACAGUCUAUGAAAAAGGCUUAUGGGGUAUAUGAUGAAACACAUAGCUUGAUUCAUAAGAGACAAGAAAGUGAAGUCUCGUCAAGUUCUAGUGAAAAUCAUCAAUUUAUUCAUAGUCGGUCACAGUCUGAUUCAAACUAUUUGCCGAUGAAUGAAAUAAGAGCAAAACAAAAUAGUGAUAAAAUGCUUGGUGCAAUUAACGAAGAAAGUUUAACAUCUGAAGCAAGAUGGCAAGAUGCUCUUAGGAAAUCAAAGUCAAAAGAAAUUUCAUCUGAACAAAAUUAUAGUGAACUUGAUGUUAAAAGGCAUGUGAACGAAAAAUUACGUGAGUAUCAAAAUAAAACUGAAUUGGAAAGAACAAACUUAAAAAGAACAUCAUCAGAACAGUUUAGGCCAAUGAAAGAAAGAAUGGCAAAUAAUAAGACACAUUCAGAAUCUAAACUUGAUGAACCUAAACAACAGUUAUUACCUAACAAAGAUCUGGAUAUGCGUCAGUCUAAAGUACCAAACCCUAGAGAGAAACUUUCACAAUCACCAUCUCAGUCACAGACGGAUUUACGCAGUCCUUCAAGUUCUGAUUCCUCUAGGAGAAGCAGUGAUCGACUGCCUUCUCCUUCUAAUUCUCGUUUAGAUUUACGAUCUGACUCCAACAGUGGUAGCGAUAAGAAAUCACCUUCUCCAUCCUCAUCACGUAAUGAUUUAGUUGGUUCUAGAGAUGAUCUGAAACGGGCUCAGAAAAAUGCUCUCCAAAACUUUAUGCUUAAUAAAACAGGUAGAUUACCGUCAGAUGAAGAAGAAAAAGUCCAACAACUUCAAAAUAAUGGAAAUGUACAAUCCCAACCUGAUCGUCCAACUAGGUUGUCUGUCACCGAAUCUUUUCGUAAGAAAUAUGCAGAGGGUGAUAAGUUAAGAAGGUCGAGGUCAAUAUCGUCAACCGACAGUGGGAAUUACACAGAGAUGAGACCACCUUUGCGUCCACAGCCAACUGAAUGGUCAAGAGUGAGAUCCCAGACAGCAAGACGACCACAGUCUAUUGGUUCUGAUUCUGGUUCUAGUUUGGUGGAUCCCUAUGCUGUAACACCAGUGAUUUCGUCUUCCUUUGACCACCAACGAAGUGAUUCAUUAGAAUCACCAAGGGUAGAACAGAUGAGUAAAGAUUCGCAGUCCAGUGGAGAUACAACACCACAGAGACAUUCUAGACAUUCUAUAAGACCAAGGAAACAUGUCCCGAUAAUAAUUCAGUCACCACGUUAUUCCGGCCCACGAAUGGGUUCUUCAAACAUUUACCAGAACUUGAUGCCGGAGCAUCCUGGUUACAGAAAACCACCUCCACCACCGCCUCCAUCGGAAGAAGAUAAACCUCCAGAAUUACCUCCCAGGAAUUAUCGUCAAAACAUUUCACAGUCAGACUCGCAGCUAAGGCAACAACGGUAUAACCUACCGCCAGCAGAAGAAUCUCAUGAACAAUAUGCAGAACAAUUACGCAAAUUCUCUCGUCGAUAUUCAGAACAACAGUCAGCAGCAUCAAUGGUGUAUCUCUCCUCUAAAACUCAGACUCAUAUUACACAGUCUUUUCCAAAACCAGAGGUCAAGUCUUUAGAGGCAACGUCACCGAUAACAUCUCAUUCACCACCAUCUUCAAUCUCUGCGGAAAGUCCGAAAAUGUCAACUUCCCAGUUUGUUCCGCAACAACAGCAGCCAUCUUAUUCAACAAUUUUUACGCAGCCAACAUCGCAAACCAAAAAUGUGUCGCCCUCGUCAUCUCACCAUCAAAGUCCAUCAUCUUCAAGUUUUGACAUCAGUAAUGAGAAAUUGAAUGACAGUCGACACCUUCAGCCAAGUCCAAGACAGAGUCCGCCACCAAUGUCAAGGAAUAGACAGCCUAGUCCACAACAACAGAGUCCUCCACCAUCUGUACUGAGACAGAUCAGUUCACCUGACCCACCACCUCCACCAACACCAAUGAAGGAGGGGGAAGAAUUUAACCAGGAGUUACCUCCCCCUCCUCCAGAAAUAUUGGACAGUUCGGAGACCAAACCUGAUGGAUUUUCCGAUGACUCUUACUUGGCACACAAAAGUAAAGGAGACACUCGCCAAAUAGGAACAUACAAAAGAUCGUCAACGACAGGAGAUGUCAGCAAACUGCCAUCAGAAACAAACAAUAAUAAAGUGGAAAUUCAAAAACCACCACGUAAAAGAUUACUACAACAAGCAUGGCAACCACAGACUACUAGUCAGUCAAACAUUUCAGAACAAAGCAAUGAACAAAGUUCUGUUCCACGCUUCUCUGCUUCAGAGAGUCAGGUAAACCCAAAUGUUGUGAAAUCAGUGGCAAAACCGUUAGAAAAGAACCACAUACAACAAAGACCGCUGGGUAGUUCAUAUAGUGCAAGUGCUCUUCUUACUCCGCGACCAUUUUCGUCUACGACAGGCACCUCCCAAAAAGAAACUCUCAGUCACUCUGCCGACAGGGAAGAGCGAACAACAUCUGUACGAGAUCAGAUAUUAGGUUAUGAGAAAAAAGCUACACCAAGGAGACCUGAUCGAUUUAAUUCUCCUAAACUGAUACCUCGUUCUCCCAGUAAUAUAAACAGUUCUAGGUCACAUGUAGAUCAAACGAAUGAAUCGAUUGGCGCUGAUCCUACAAGGAGACCUAGUAAUGAAAAUGUACAGCAAAGUGAAUUACAAAAUAACUUAAGUAAUAGUGUUCAUGAAGGAUCGUCAAGACUUUCUUUGGAUAAUGAUCCUACAAAAUAUUCCUCUCCUCGACGGACUUCUUUUCCUCCGGAGAAACAUAAAGCCAAUUUCAUAGGAAGAUAUGGUAACGAUGGAGAUCAGGAGAGGAAAAAUCUUUCCCAUUCAGACUUAAACGGGGAUGUAAAAUUACCUUUACGUUCCCAAGACAACCAUCAAAGUGAAUCGUUCAUUUUGCCGAAUAAUGCAGGUGAUAAAGGGCAUUCAUAUCGCCAUAGUAACCGAAGCAGUGAUCAUGACACUCAUAAUGUUAAUAAAUCCCACAAGUCUUUCACACCAAAUCACGAACAACAUCCUGCGGAGAGGAAAGGUUUGGUAGAAAAGGGUCAUAAUAGUGCUAGGGACCAAGAGUUACAAGUCUGUCACGUUCGACAAAGGUCACAGGAGGAGCUAGAAUGUGAUAAAAAAGUGUCUGAAAUCGUCAAAAAGGACGAGUCUUUAAAAGAGGUGCUAAAAGUAGAUAAUAAAGGUCGAAUGGACUUUAUGAAUGGACUGUUUCCAUUGGACGAGCCAAUUCGUCUCCCUCACUCACCCCAUCAUUCCCCUCAAUCUUCAAGCGUCAACGAGGAGAAGAACGACAGAAGGAUGGAGGAACAAAAGUCACCAUUAGAUACAUCAGCUCUACCAGCCGAUUAUUUUAAGUCCUCGCCAAAAGCUAAGAUUGAGAUGGAUAUGAGAGGUAAAAGUGACGAGUUUAACCAGGAAAUGUCGAAGGAGAUUGGAGAUCCCGAUACACUCAUCAAAACUAAGGAGGAACUUGUAAGAAGUAUACAGAAGAAAGUAGAAAAGUUGAAAGAAGAAAAAUCAGAAUUACAGAAAGAAACAGAUGAAAUUGAUGAAGUUGGUCAGAAGUUAGUGGAAGUCGUACAACAGAAAGGUCGUACACAGCAAGAGAAAGAUAAGUUUAGCUCGUACAUCACAGACAUGGAAAAGAUCAUCAAGUUACUCCUCAAACUUUCUGGUUUACUUGCGCGAGCAGAGAAUGCUCUACAAAGUCUCCCUGAUAAUUCUAGUCCAAGUAUAAAGAAGUUAGCAGUCGAUAAAAGAGACAGAUUACGCGAUCAACACGAAGAAGCCAAAUCUUUAAAAGAAGACAUAGAUAAACGCAGUGCUCAGGUUUCCAUUUUUCUUCAGGACUGUUUGACAGAGGCAGAAUAUGAAGACUAUAAAUAUUUCGUUCAAAUGAAAUCAAAACUGACAAUAGAAAUGCAGGAAUUCGAAGACAAAAUUACUCUGGGUCAAGAACAAAUAUUAGGUUUGAAACGGAACAUUCCCGAUAAAUGAUAUGUUGUUACAUAGUUGUGUAUAUUUAUAGAGCAAUAUGUGAUAAUGUGUAUGCUGUGUAUUUGUGUAUGAGUGUGUUUAUCUGUGAGAGAAAGAGUGUAUUCUGAACAAAUUAUUGAAUGUCUGUAGUUUUUUGUUGAUUAUAAAUUAUUAAGAUUUGUUUUCAUACAUUCUGAUGAUUUUAGUGCAUUUUAUACAUUUAUUUUUCUCAUUCAGUUCAGAACAUUUUAUUUGAGUCAGAAGAUGUUUUAAUGUGCUUUAGUGUGUUAUUUAUUAAACAAACCAUACAUGUUUUUUUCAACCAAGAAAGUUUAUUUGCAAAAUACAAAGAUAUCGUAACAUACAUUAUGAAAACAUUAUCUGUAAAAAAUACAUUUUUGUUCAAAAUUGCAUGCUUUAUAUGUUUCUUUCAAUUUUUUCAAUUUUUUUUUCAUUUAAAUUUCAGAUAUAAAUUUAAUUUUAAUUAAAGUGCAAAAAAAUCCAUUUUUGUCAUUCAUAUCAUGGCAGAUAGGGUGUCUGAAAAUAUUUAAAUGUUUAUUUUGCAAAUGAAACAUUAUUUUCAUUCAUUUUAUGGCAGAUAAAUUUUCAGCAAACAUUUUUUUCACAUUAUUGUUGGUUUCGAUACAUUCUUUGAAACUAACAGUUUAUAUUAUUUCAGUUUGAAAUCCUGACAAGCAAUUUUUAUUUAUAACAAGAUGAUCUCAUCACAGUAAGCUAACCUUUAAUUUGCAAGCCUUUUAUUUGUUUUCACAAAAUUUUAAGAUUUUGUAAAAGAAGGAAUGUUUUGAUAAUUGCAAUUCUUCCUAUGGUAUGCUUAAAAUUUUAAAAAGUGAUACAUUGGAAAAUUCAAUGUUUUAGAAUGUGAUAUGUAUGGUGAAUUUUAUGAAAGGAAAAAAGGUAAAUGUGUCCAAAUGAUAUCAAUAAUACAUAAUUCCAAAUUUAUAUUUUCAUAUAAACAAAAAGAAAGUAUAUUUUUGUAAAUAAUGUACAUAAAAUCAAGUAUAUUCAAUUGUAUAUGGACUAUUUCACACCUCGGUACAGGGGACCUAACUCUAAACUUAUAGUUUGUUUGAUUUUCAUUUAUUUUGAAAAAAUAAGCAUUAGAUGUGUUUAUUUUUAUAUAUAUAAGAUAUUGUACUUGAAGAUUUUAAAACUUUUACAAUAUCAAAAAUGAAACAAUUGUUUCACCUUGAUACUGGAAAUAAGAAGAAUUCAAAUAUGUUUGGAAUAUUAUUGAAAAAACAAUUAUUUAAAUAUUUAGUUUAGUGACUGUUAUUUCUCUGAAGAAUUCAUUAUUUUUUUCUCAAAAAGUUGACAGGGUUAUUUUUAACUUUGGUUUGUUGUUUUACUCUAAGCAACAAUUUCAAUCAUGACAAUACAUUAAAUGUUUGAACCAUAAAUUGAUUAUGGUUUUGAACUGGGUCUUCAUGCUGAAUAUGAAAAUCAAACAAACUAUGAUUUUUAUUUUGUUGUAAUUUAUUUAUAUGUUUUGGUGCCUUGUUGUAAGUUCAGCAAGAAUAUAUGUCAAAAAUGUAUGUUUCAACACUCAUCCAAGUCAUAAACAAAAAUGUUUUAAAUGAAAAAAAUAAAACAUUUAAUGUUAUUUUAA